AUGUCAUUUGUUAUUACCAGACUUCAAGAAGCACUGAGACACGGAAUCAUCAACAAGGUUGGUGUAAGAUGUUUUUCUCGAGGAAGUGCGGUGUUUCAAGAGGAAUCUGAAGCUCCGAGUAAUGAACCUCCAGUUGACCCAGCUAAGGAUAGACGUAAUCCUGUACCUGUUGAAACAAGUAUUCGUUAUUUAGCUAGUGACGCGUAUAAAGAGACUUAUGGGAGUGAGCCAGUUUGGAAACCGUAUCGCAGAAAUCACAAGGGUGCACUUCCUCCAAAAAAAACUAGAAGAACUUGUAUUAGAAGCGGUAUAAUAUCAACUGGUAGCCCAUGUCCAAUCUGCCGUGACGAAUAUUUAAUAAUCGAUCAUAGAAAUACUGCUUUACUGAAACAAUUUAUCUCUCCAUACAACGGCGAAGUGAUAAGUUACGAAAAAACAAACAUUUGUCAAAAACAGCAUAAAAAUCUACUAAUAGCGCUUCAUCGCGCACACGAUUAUGGUACUAUUACAUACGACGUCGACAUCAGACAAUACGAUUACUCUGAUUGCACCUUUUGUUAUUGUUGGAGGCGGAAUCGCUGGGGUAUCUUGCGCGGAGAGCAUAUCAUUUUUAGCUCCCGAUGAAAAAAUAAUACUGAUAAGUGCGAGUCCGCUUAUUAAAACAAUAACAAAUGUUGAGCCAGUUGGGAUGACGAUGAUGAAGUUUGAUGUCGAAGAAAAAGAGUCCAAGUCUCUGUCUGAAAGAAAUUCAUUAUUAGCAGUAGUUAAUGAUGUUGUGGCGCAAAUAAAUAUUAAUGACAAGACUGUUGAAACAGAAGAGGGAUUAGUAAUAAAAUACAAUAAAUUAUGCCUUUGUAAUGGAGCCAGAGCUCGUAUCAUUAACGAGAACAAUCCGUAUGUUAUUGGUAUCCGUGAUACUGAGUCUGUGGAAAAUUUUUCACGCAAGAUAACAAAUGCACGUCGAGUUAUAGUUGUUGGCAAUGGUGGUAUUGCUACAGAGAUUGUUCAUGAGGUAGAAAACAUUGAAGUUAUUUGGAUAAUUAAAGAUAAACAUAUAUCAGCAACUUUUGUCGAUCCAGGAGCUGCGGAAUUUUUCCAUGAUAAAUUGACCAAAGAUAAAUCUUCAGCUGAGAAAAGUAAUGUAUGUAAAAGAUUCAAGUACACUAUUACCGACGGAAAAAAUAGAAGUGGACUUGGCGCUGCUUUGGGCCCUAAUUGGCAUGAAUCGUUUGCUCGCAGAGGCUUAGCCGCCGACGCGAUAAAGGUCCAAGUUGAGUAUGAGUCUGAAGUAAAGAGAAUUCUCCGGCCUGAUCAAGUUCCAAGUACAUCUGAUGACUGGCCUGUUUAUGUAGAGCUGACUAAUGACAAAAUAAUCGGAUGUGAUUUCAUUAUAUCAGCCACUGGAGUCACGCCUAAUGUCAACGUCAAGGGCUUGGAAAAUCUUGUGCUUGGUCAAGACGGUGGAUUUUUAGUCGACUGGAAAUUAGAGACCUCUGCUAGUGACGUUUAUGCUGCUGGAGAUGUCAGUACAGCUGGAUGGGAUCUUGCAGCUCAUUGGUUCCAAAUGCGUCUGUGGACUCAGGCUCAUCAGAUGGGUCGGUAUGCUGCUAAAUCAAUUGUGUCGAGUUAUAAAAAUGAACGAUUUCUUCAGGAUUUUUGCUUUGAACUCUUCACUCAUGUUACUACUCUUUUUGGCUACAAAGUUGUCCUUCUUGGGCUCUACAACGGACAGAAAUUAGGUAGUGAUUAUGAGAUUUUACUGAGGAUGACUAAAGGUCUUGAGUAUAUUAAACUUGUAAUGAAGGACAACAGACUUCAAGGUGCGGUAUUAAUUGGUGAUACUGAUCUGGAAGAAAUGUGCGAAAAUUUAAUUCUUAAUCAAUUAGAUUUGAGUAUUUAUGGCGAGGAUUUAUUAAAUCCAGACAUUGAUAUCGAAGAUUACUUUGAUUAA